GUGUGUGAGUGUGUGUGUGAUCAUGCUGGAGGUGUUUGUGGAUCUUCUGUCACAGCCGUGUCGGGCUCUGAUCAUCUUCCUCACCGUCAACAAGAUUCCACACACUGUACACACUGUGGCGCUGCGGAGAGGAGAGAACAGGACUCCAAAGUUCACUAAACUGAAUCCUAUGCAGAAAGUUCCAGUCAUGAGAAAGGACGGCUUCAUCCUCACUGAGAGUGACGCCAUACUGAAACACCUGAGCUCCGCCCACAGCGUCCUGGACCACUGGUAUCCACGGCAACCACAGAAGCGCGCGAGGGUGGACGAGUACACGGCCUGGCAUCACAUGAACACGCGCCUGCACGCCGACAAUGUGUUCAUCAUAGAGGUGUUAACACCCCGGAUGACAGGACAGCCAGUGGACAAUGUGAGACUGCAGCUCGCUCUGAGGGACCUGGACAAGACACUGGACAAACUGGAGACCAUGUUCCUGAAAGACCAGGACUUCCUGUGUGGUGAUGACGUCACACUGGCCGACCUGCUCGCCAUCUGUGAGCUCAUGCAGCCUUUAGCUGGAGGCAGAGACGUGCUGAUGGACCGCCCGAGGCUGCAGGACUGGAGGAGGAGACUUCAGUCUGUGCUCGGGGACUCGUUUGACUCCGCCCAUAAAGUCCUGUUCAUAAUAAGAGAUAAACACACAAGCUAACACACACACACACACACACACACACCUGGUUUAAAAUAAGAUUAAAGACACGGGAUACAUCGGUGUUUUAAAAACUUUAAUUUCAGAUUUAUGAUUAAAUAAUUUUACUUUUAACAUUUCUCAUUAAU